UAUUAACUUUGCCUCAUCCAUAUGACCAAUAUCUCAUUCAACAAAACAAAGGAAAAUAGUAAGUAAUGGAUAUGAAGGGAGUUUUAGUUGCUUUUGUUUUGAUUAAUUUGUCAAUAUUGGCAAGUUGUGGGGCUCCAAGGAAGGCAAUUGAUGUACCUUUUUGGAACAACUAUGAACCAAGUUGGUCUAGUCACCAUAUUAAGUACCUUAAUGGUGGUACCACUGCUGAACUUCUUCUUGACAAAUCUUCAGGAACUGGAUUUCAAUCAAAAAGAUCAUAUCUAUUUGGUCAUUUCAGCAUGAAAAUGAAGCUUGUUGGAGGAGAUUCUGCUGGUGUUGUCACUGCAUUUUAUUUAUCGUCAACCAAUGCUGAACACGAUGAGAUAGAUUUCGAAUUCCUCGGGAACAGAACCGGUCAGCCAUACAUAUUGCAGACCAAUGUGUUCACAGGAGGCAAAGGAGAUAGAGAACAGAGGAUCUAUCUUUGGUUUGAUCCAACCAAGGACUUUCAUUCCUAUUCUGUUCUUUGGAACACUUUCCAAAUUGUGAUCUUUGUGGACGACGUUCCAAUAAGAGUAUUCAAGAAUUCAAAAGACAUAGGAGUGAAAUUUCCGUUCAAUCAGCCAAUGAAGAUCUACUCAAGCCUAUGGAACGCGGAUGAUUGGGCUACGAGAGGAGGGUUAGAGAAAACCGAUUGGUCCAGGGCGCCAUUCACCGCUUCCUAUACUUCAUUCCACAUCGAUGGCUGUGAGGCUGUCACCCCACAAGAAGUGCAAGUUUGUAACACUAAUGGCAUGAAAUGGUGGGAUCAAAAGGCUUUUCAAGAUUUAGAUGGUCCUCAAUAUAGAAAACUUCAAUGGGUUAGACAAAAAUUCACAAUAUAUAACUAUUGUACUGAUAGAAAAAGGUACCCUACACUUCCUCUAGAGUGUACAAGGGAUAGAGAUCUUUAAUUAGUUCUUGUUUGUUUGGGGACAUUUCCAUUUGCUCGUUAUAUAAAAACAUAUCGAUUUUAUUUAGA